CUGAAAUGGAAAUCGUGCGAAUUGCAAAAGUCGUAUCAAGUGAAUUUCAGAAGCAAUCGUAUAAUUCGAAUGAGUGUUAGUUUAGUUUUAUUUCAAUUGAUCUUUGUAUCGUGUGAGAUGGCCCAGGAUAAGUUGAUAUGGAAGAUGGUGCUGGAUUUCUUUAUAUUAUGCUGUUUGGCCUCUCCCCUCCUAUACCUCCAGUUCUGGAGCAAGCCAAAGCUAGGAGGUUUUUUCGCGGAUGACCGCAGCCUCCACCUGCCGUACGAACAGCAGACUGUACCUGAGGCUGUGCUGGCGCCGGCUGGCUUUGCUCUCGUCAUUGUCACGAUAAUAAUCGUUGAAUAUGUCCGCGAGAAGAAGGGACUGAGCGUCGGCGAGAAGUUCCUGUGCGACCACCUGAUCCCGGGCUGGGUGUGGACCAGCUAUGUCACCAUCGGCGUCUUCACGUACGGCGCUGUGGUGCAGCAAGUUACUUCGGAGACUUUGAAACAAAUCGUUGGGAGGCUGAGGCCGCAUUUCUUUGAUGUCUGCCGCCCGGCCUACAACGCGUCAGACCCCGCCAAUGCCAACGGCUUCAUACAGGUCUACACCUGCGUAGACCCGAACGACUCACGCACUAAAGAGAUCAGUCAGCUCAGUCUGUCGUUCCCUAGUGCGCAUGCAAGCUUCGCUAUGUACAUCGCCGUAUUCUACAUUAUAUACCUCCAGCUGAAAUGUAAAUGGCGAGGUUCGAAGCUGCUUCGCCACGCCGUCCAGUUCCUUAUUCUACUGGGUGCGUUAUACGUUGGCCUGUCAAGGGUGGUGGAACACUUUCAUCACAGGGAUGACGUGGCCAUCGGCUUCGUUAUAGGCGCCGUCGCUGCAGUUCUUGUGGUGAAAUUCGUGCUGAAACCCAAGAAGUACAUGUCCGGGACAUGGCAGGACAGGGACACGCCACAACAGAACAUCCUGCCACGGCCGGCGUUGGCGCGGUGACUUCACUUGGCGGCUUUAGAAUCGCUAACUAAACUAAACUUGUUUGCCUUUGCUUGG